AUGACUCACUCCCGGUCGUGGGGGGACUCGGCUCCGUGGGAGGCGCCCUGCGGAUAUCGCUGUUGGCGACUCAGAUGUCGCGAGAUCCAGCACGCGGAACUCUACCAUGGAGCGGAUGUCGCUUUUCCUCGGGUUCCGCACCUCCACGGGGCGUGCGUCGCACGUGCAGACCAGAAACGUCCCGCCGGGGGCAAGCUCGCUGACGGCGGAGGCCUCAGCCGUCAGCCUGGAUGCAGAGGAGGCGAGAGCAGCUACGCAGAAGAGGAGACACGUGGGGCGACACCGCCGGAAAACUCCGCGGCGCGCAGCACGGCCAAACAGUCCAUCUCCGAGCCCGCCAAGCGCGGUCUCAUUUUCUCGCCGCCUCGUUUGGUACCGACUGUCGAUACAUUGGAGAUGAGAAGAGCAAGAGGAGAAUCCGGGAGCGGUUUUUCGCACACGUCGGUCCGCGAGAGGCAAACCCUCCUCGAAGGGUUGUCUGCGUCGCUGUCUGCUUCAGAAAAUGGGAGCGACAGGAGCGAGGAAGCGCGUCGGCAGCCCAACGCAGACACACACAUUCCAGGCGAUGAGAGUGGAGGCGCCGCCGCCACGGAGGAGGCCGAAGCGCAGCGUGGAGCCAGUGAGGGUGCAAAAGGAGGUGUCGCACCGGCCGAGUUGCCAUCAGCAAUCGACUCGCAAGAGACACCUGAAGAGCUUCUGGCGUUCUGUGAGGAAGUGGAGACGCCGGGGGACUCCCGCUUUGGCGCCGCUGUCUUUUCCGCGGACUGCAUGCGCGAGACUGGCGAUCCGGGACCAGAAAGAGAGAAGGGUGCGGGUCAGUCGUCACCUGCUGGCUGCUGGAGGCGCUCUGGCUCUGCUUCGCCGCCUUCGUCGCCUCCGUCUGAACCGCCGACCUCUUCGCCGGCCUUCGCAACAUCCUCUUCGGGUCCGCCUUCGUCUCCUCCCUCUCCCAUGGUUUCCUCUUCUUCACCACACUGUCGCGCAUGCGAAGGCGGAUCUUUGUCGCCGUCGCGUCCCGUCUGCGCCUCGCUCUCUUCGCCCUCCUGCGGACCACCGGGCUCGUCUUCUCCUUCGUCGCAGCCGCUUCGGGAGCUGCCAUGCGCUUCAAGUUCAGGCGCAGUGUCUCCAGACGACGGCAUCUCCGAACCGAAAAGGAGACAAGUCGCGCUUUUCCAUGAUUCUUGUUCUACCUCUGUCUCCCAGGAUGCGGCGGCACCCUCGCAUCCGCCGCAGACCUGCUCCCCAAGCAAAGGGCCGUCUCAGUCGUCUGAUACUGCGUGUUCUGCGUGGGCAGCGAGUCCGACUGGCGCCUCCAUCUCCUCCUCGCCUCGGUUUAGGGAGUACAUACUCCCCCUGGCUCGAGGAGAGUGGGUGCGCGUGGACUCCGCCGUCUGGUUCCGGGUCCUCAGAGGCUGCGCAGAGGUUCGCGGGCACCUGUUCGCGCCGAGCGGAAUUUACCGGCUCAUCGCCUGUCCCUUUUGGAGCCCCAUGGUGCGAAUUCUCGCGGUCGGUCCGCCGGGGGCGGCGUCGGCUCGCUUCCGGAAGGCCUGUGCGAAGAAGGGCGAUUUUAAGGGAGUGAAUCACCGAGAGUGCGAAAGGGCCCAGAAGGCGUCGCGAGGUGGGGACAGCCAGCGCAUUUCAUUGCACGCCGAGAACGGAGGAGAGACUUGCGCGGAUGACGCAGCCCCGCGAAUCCUAACUGGAAGCGAAGAGAAGCGGCGGGACAGAAGGCACGCGCCUCGGAAUUGCGCAUGCCUGCCUCUCGAAAGGCAGUUCGUCGACUUCACAGGAGGCGACGCCGAUGCAGUAUCCAGCCUUUUCAGUGCAUCCAUCGACCGACUUCCUCGAAGUCUCCUGCGGAGCGGCGCCUCCGGCUCCAGUCCAAGCUGUGCGGCUGAGGGUCGCGAGCGUCCGGCGCCCAUCGCGGUCGCGCCGGCGCUUCGGCGUCUGCUGCAGGUGGAUGAUAGGCUCCAGUCUGAGGCGAUCGCGUCGGCGGAGAUCGGGGAGCUUCUUCGAGCAUUUCCGAGGAGGCGCUACCCUGUCGUGCUUUGCUUCGCCGAAGUUGGCACUGCGCGCGGGCGCAUCUCCAUUCACUCAGCUCUCGAGCCGCCAGCCUCCGCCUGCCUCUACCGCCCCCUCGAGAUCAUUCCUCCCUCCUGGCGGUACGUCGCGCACGAAGUGCUGCAGAUCUUCGUGCGCUGCGGAGAGAGGCAAGCGGCGUCGCGGUUUUCCUUUUCAGAGACUAGCGGCCAGCUUUUCUGCGCGGCGUGCCUCCACGCCCGCCCAGCGGAGUGCCGCGAAACAACGGCCUACGGGCGGUGCCCCCGGGGGGAGUCACGGUUCCCUGCUGUCGUGCUGUGGGGCUGCAAGGGCGUCGGGAAGUCCACGUUUUCCUGUUUUCUGAUCAAUUUCCUCCUCAACUUCUUUCCCCGGGUCGCGUACUUGGAGGCCGAUGUGGGGCAGCCGACGUUCACGCUGCCGGGGUGCGUGUCGCUGCUGGAGGUCGGCGAACCCGUCUUGACGCCGCCGCAUGCACUCGUUGACACGUUGGACACGGCGCCACUGGACAAGCGCCCUCCUGAGGAGAUCGCUCCACCUGGGCAGGUCCCUUCCAGAACGCAGAGUCUGAAGAACAAGCUACUCGAAAACAUUUUCUUCGGGGAUAUCACGCCCAAAUCAGCCCCUCAUUUGUACCUUCGAUGCAUCGAUCGGUGCAUAUCCACCUACCGUCAAAACGCAGCCAGAAAGCAGCGGCCACGCGCUCCACCAGGCGCGUCGUGUCUCGAUUCAGCCGCUUCGCCUCUAUCCGCCCCGGCCGGUUCGCCUGCGUCUGCCCUGUCCUCCCGUCUCCCGGCUCUGUCUUGUCCCGCUUCUUCUGACUGUCUCCCUGUGUGCCAUUAUUCUCCUUCCGACUCACCACUUCCCGGUUCGUCGGCAAGCUCCCCCGCGUCAGUCGCCCCCUCCGCCGCGCCUUCGGCCUUGCAGGAUCUCCCCUCCUCUCCGCCUUGCUGGUCUGCGCCGGCCCUUUCUUGCGCCGGCGCUUUCCCGUCGCCUGAAGGCGGCACUGUAGACGGAGACGCAUCCAACCGUGCUGCGCCGGGCGGCCGGGGCGAAAGAGUCACGGACUCGGACCCCGGGGGCGGGUCCCGCGCCCCUUGUGGGUCUCUGGACCUCUCGGUUGAGGGAGGCGCUCUGGCGCAGAGCGCAGCACAGAAAAGGAGGCAGAAAGAUGGCGCUGCACACGCGCCGGGCGAGGGUGCUUCUCUCUGUCUCCCGCUCAUCGUGAACACUGCAGGCUGGGCUGAGGGCCUCGGCGAACAUCUGCUCGCUUCGAUUCGGGCGAUGAGUCGCGCCAGCGCAUGCGUGCAGUUCUCCGACGGCUUGAAGAAGGAAGACGACGCACUCCGACCGUCGGUCGCGAGGAGACACGGAGAGGCGAAGCGGCUAGGCGGCGAGCCUGAGCGUUCCGAGGCCGAGAUGAUGACGGAAAACGACGCACCCGCCAGGGGGAAGGAGGGAGCGAAGAGAGGGAGAUCUACGAGGGAGAAGACGAGCGAUGAACAGCGAAAAUUCCAGGGGCAGCCGAUCGCCGCGAAGGAGCGUUCCACCGCCGAGAUGCCGCACAAGCGGAUGCGACGAGACGACAAGCCGGUGGCGCAACGCGGCCAGCAAACGGAGAACCUACCUGCGUCGAAGCACCCCGAGACGACAGGGCGCUGUAUCCCAGCACUGCCAGACAUGCAGAACGGCUGCGACGGGACUGAGCGUGAUAAACGCGAAGAGAAAGAAAGCGCGACAGCUACGGAAACGAGCGGCGAAUGCAUGCGUGCGCAGCACGACAGACACUAUAGCCAGCCGGGGGCCUCCAGUAGUGAAAUGAAGGAAGGCGCUAGCGUAGCGAGAGCAGUUUUUGAGCCCAUCCCUUCGUUGAUGUCGCUGCCUUCCCCAGCUUGCUCGUCCUCCUGCUUGCCGGCUCCAUCUCAUCCGCGUGCGGCCCCGGCUGCGCCGCCCGCAGCGUCCGUGUGCAUGCCGUCUUCCGCCUCAGCAGCGGCCUGCGUCACCUCCACGCUGUCGCCCUGCCUGCAUCGAGUCUCGUCUCUCGCAUUCCCUGGCGCGUUCGCGCAUCGCGUUCUCUUGCAUCCUCGCGAAGCUCUCUCUUCGUCGCGGCGGGCUUCCCGCGCCCCUUCCUCGUGGGCCGCCGCCUCUUCGUUCUUGCUUCCGGCUCCUUUUCGACUCACCGACCCGCCGCGGCUGGUCGCGUGCCCGUACGUGCACUUUCCUGUGGGCGAUCAGCCCGGCACCGCCGAGCGGCCGCAGACGGGAAGCGGGUGCCCCGCAGGAGCGUCUUUUGGUCCUCUGUGGGGCGGCGGAGAUGGAGCCGCCGUGGCGGCGCAUGCGGCUGCUCAGCGCCACGUGUGUGUGCUCUGCGGGGCUGCGAAGGACGCAGCGCACGUGGAGGAGAGGCAACGACGCACAACGGAGGCAGGCAAGGGGUUAGACGAGGCGCGCGGGGGGCCUUCGUCCUGGCAGCGGGGACGCAGAGAAGAGGACCGUGCAAACCAGCGAGGUGACGAGGAUUUGGAAACCGGUCGUUCCACGGCGGGCUCCAGGCUCAGUAUUCCCAAACUUCUGCAGUGCCUUCAACGGGUCAAAUACCCUGAUGCUUCGUAA